UAUUCCCAGCUACUCGGGAGGCUGAGGCAGAGAAUUGCUUGAACCUGGGAGGUGGAGGUUGCAGUGAGCCGAGAUCACGUCACUGUACUCCAGCCUAGGCAACAAGAGCGAGACCCUGUCUGAGGAAAAAAAAAAAAAAGAUAGCCUGGCGCAGUGGCUCACGCCUGUAAUCCAAGAACCCUGGGAGGCCGAGGCAGGUGGAUCGCUUGAGGCCAGGAGUUCGAGACCAUGCUGGACAACAUGGUAAAACCCCAUCUCUACAAAAAAUACAAAAAUUAGCCAGGUGUGGUGGCAUGCGCCUGUAGUCCCAGCUACUCAGGAGGUUGAGGUGGGAAGAUCACCAGGGCCCAGGGAGGCUGAGGCUGUAGUGAGCCGUGAUCAUGCCACUGCACUCCAGCCUGGGUGACAGAGAGAGACACUGAAAAAAAAAAAAAAUCAAACGAAACCUAAAGAAAAGAAAGGGUCUGCAGGUCCCCUAAUCCAAAAGGAAAAAAGUCCUGAAGUUUCUGCUAUUUUCACUCUAACCAGUAUGGUGCCCAGAGAUCCAAGUGGCAGAUAGAUGGCAAGCCUCCAGGAUAGCACAGAGCUGGAGGGAAAGUGAGGGCUGCCUGACAAGGGAGGGCCACCCAUCAUACUCUCUCCCCAACGUUAAUUCUUCCAGCCACUCCUGGCUCAAGCAGGACACUAAGAAGUAUCCCCAAAGGGAGUCACCCCCACUAUUGCCCUGUAAAUAAUUUAAAAGCAAAAAUGUAGGAAACUCAGGAGAAGGUCAAACAAGUCCACUAGAGGGAGCCCCAACCAACUCUAUGCUGCAGGGAGCCUCACAAAGCAAUGUCUCAACACCUGUCUGAAAAUCAACACACAAGGGAAUGGGGAAAUGUAGCAAUAGAUUAAGUCACUAGGAGAGAAGAUAGCCAUGUAAACACGCAGCUGAAACACAGGCUUUUCAAGAGCUACAAAAUCAAACAAUUAAAGAUCAGCAAACUGAUGCUGAGCAAAGUCAAAUGGUUCGCCUCAGUUUACAUAUCCACAGUUGGGACUCAGACUCACAUGUCUUGUCUCUAACCUGAGCACUUUCCUCCAUACUUGCAUCCCUCUAGAUCAGUACCCUAGAGUCCAUGGGUCCACUAUUCCUCUGCGUCUCAUUUCUCUGAAGUGGAAAACUCCCUGGACUACCUAUUCCUGCACUUAUUACCCUCAUUCUACAGUGUACUGAAGAGGAUCUUCAGUGGUCUGGGGGUUUUGUUUGUUUGAGACAGGGUCUCCCUCUGUCAUUCAGGGUGGAGUGCAGUGAUGCAAUCAUAGCUCACUGCUGCCUCAACCUCCCAGGCUCAAGUGAUUCUCCUGCUUCAGCCUCCCAAGUAGCUGAGACUACAGGUGUGCACCACCACACCAGGCUAAUUUUUUAAUUUUUUUGUAGAAAUGAGGUCUCACUGUGUUGUCCAGGAUGGUCUCGAACUCCUGGCCUCAAGUAAUCCUCCUGCCUCAGCUUCUCAAAAUGCUGGGAUUAUAGGCAUGAGCCACCGCCCCCAGCUUAGAUCUUCAGUUUUAAGCCUACUAAUGUCAUUUUGCUGGUGGGACCUUGGGAUGUCAGUCGUCCAACAUGGCUACUGUCAGUCCUUUUCCUCUGUAUCAGCACAACAUAUUAUCUCAGGUGUGUACAUCUGAAUUUGGAAGUCUCCAAAUUGCAGGCCAUGUCUACAUGGCAAUGAAUCAUAACUAAUCGGCCUCCAAAGCCCUUUCUUUUCAAACUAUACUUAGGAUUUGGGGAUAAGGAAAGAACUGACCCUUUGAGACCUUGAUAUUUUAAACUUUGUGAGCUGAUUUAGCCCAUUCCACCUUCCUAUGAACUCCAUGUUUCCCAGUUGCCUGGACAACAUACAGCCUCCCGAAACCCAACCUUCCAGCCCUCAGUCCUGCCCUCAAGAGAAAUUUGCCACCAAGGAUUGGCUCCCAGGACCCAGGCCCCGCCUCAGACUCCUCGCUAGUUGGGCCUUCUCUCUGCCACUCCCCACGAGUGGGUCACUCCACGGGGAGCCCCAACACUGGCAGGAGAGGAUCCUACAGGACAACAAGGAGAUGCCACCUAAAAACAAAGAAAAAGGGAAGAAAUCUGGGGCACAGAAGAAGAAAAUGAACUGGGGUGCAGAUGUGGAGGCCGAGUCCAGGCACAGGCUGGUGGUAUUGGAGAAGGAGCUGCUCCGAGACCACUUGGCUCUACGGAGGGAUGAAGCCCGUCGAGCCAAGGCUUCCGAAGACCAGCUGAGGCAGAGGCUGCAAGGGGUGGAGGCUGAGCUGGAAGGGGCCCGAAGUGAAGGGAAGGCCAUAUAUGCAGUACAAAUCAGGAAGGAUCCUGCAGGAACCAAAGGCAUCUUCUCAGAAUCACAAAAAGAACCAAGAAGGCCUUUGUGCUCCUGUUCCACUAGACCAAGUAGAGUCUUCCCCACCCACAACUUCAUUUCCUUUCUCCAUCCCUCCAUCUCCAACCUGGGUCCCUGGUGGCCCACUGCCCCCACCCCAGAGAUGAGUCGCCAGUGCCAUGCCCUGCAAGAGGAUAUGCAAACCCGCAGCAAGCAGCUGGAGGAAGAAGUCAAAGGCCUUCAGGGGCAGCUAGAGGCAUGCCAAAGGGAGGCUGCAGCUGCCCAGGAAGAGGCUGAACAAGCUCUCGGAGAGCGGGACCAGGCCCUGGCUCAGCUUCGGGCCCACGUGGCAGACAUGGAGGCGAAGUAUGAGGAAAUCUUACACGACAGUCUGGACAGGCUCUUGGCCAAGCUGAGAGCCAUCAAGCUGCAGUGGGAUGGGGCGGCACUGAGACUCCACGCCAGGCACAAGGAGCAGCUACGCCAGUUUGGACUCACCCCCCUGGAUCUUUGAGGCCACCAGCCCCUAGUCUCUAGUGUUCUCUGAGGCCCCAGCAAUAAAGUGUCUUGAUGUAGAACUCAA